UGUUGUAUAGUGGGUCGGUAGGCACAGUGUGGAGAUGGCGACGAUCACUAUGGCAGCCCGAGGUACCGGCGAUGGCGGGAUGUGUAGGAGAAGUCGAGGUAGUGGAGGACCAAUUCCAAGGAUACAACGAGGAGGAGGAGGAGGAGGAGGAGGUCGUUCGUCGCUCAUGACAUUGGAUAUGAGAGUUUUAUGGCUUCUGGUUGCGCUCGUCGCCGGCAUAUCCAGCGAAGUGAAGCUCAGGGAAGUGGAUGCGGCGACCAGGCCCCCCCCUCCCACGUCGGAGUCGAAACUAGUGGCGGCGUUAUUGAACGCCAAUGUGACCAGAUACGUGCUGAAGGAAGACGUUAUUCUGACACGUACGCUGCCUGAAGUCGCGACACGGCAAUCGCUGACGUUGGUUGGCGAGUGCCCACGUGCCCGCCGAUGCGCCAUCGACGGUCAGGGUCGGUACCAAGGACUAGUCUUCUCCGAUACCAAUUUCGUCUUGACGAACCUGGAGAUCCGAAAUAUGCGGGCGACCGAGGGCGCCGCCGUGUCCUCUAGCGGGGGGAACUACAAGACCGCCACAAAUUGCGUUUUCAAGGGCAAUCGAGCGGAGGGAGGAGGAGCGAUUGAGUACCAGGACGGCUGGUUCGAGUUCGACGGGUGCAUGUUCGAGGCCAACCGAGCGACCGUCAAUGGAGGCGGCGCUGUACGGAAGACUACCGAUUACGGCAGUGCCGUUUUCAAGAACACUGUGUUCAAGAACAACGUGGCGAAAGAAAACGGCGGCGCCGUUCAGUUCGUUAAAGGCAACAUUCAUUUGCGCAGCUGUCAAUUCCUGGAUAACAAGGCGACGGGAGGCAAUGGCGGCGCCAUAGCCUUUUCUCGGUUGCGGUCCACCAUAGCCAGCACGAAGUUCUUGCGCAACUCUGCUGCCAAAGGACUGGGAGGGGCUGCGCGGUUCUUCAUCUACGACGCCGACAUCACUCUCUGCAGAGGGAACACCUUCGUCGGUAAUCGAGCCGUCAACGGAUCGAGCAACCUCUCCAUCGCCGGUGACGACUCGACUGAGAGCGAAGUUUUCAGCCCGCCUGUGCUCAACUUCUGCGCGAGCACACCUCCGCAAACACUCAUAGAGUCCCCAAGCCGGAUGAUCAAGCGAUCCUGCAACGGUUGCAGCAAAACGAGUGGAUGGGUUAGUGGUUGAGUGAGUGUGUGUGGGGGGGGGAGGGGGGGAGGGAGGGACGACGAGGGGGAGGGGAGAGGGACAGAGGGGGCAGUUCUGACGGUCAGAUCCCACUACCCUGGAUUAUUCAUUUUUCACCCUCGAUUACGAAGAUCAACAAUCAGAAAUUAACAAUAGGGGCUAGUAGUAGUGGGAUCUGGCCCUAAGGCUAUGGAAUCGGAAUAGGAUUGGAAGUCCUUUGGCUGAACUGGGGAUCCUCUGAUCAGGGCCGAGGUCCCACUAACAAAGAGGAUCGGAUUGA